AUGGAUGUUGGAAAUUCUCAACCGAAAGAAAACCUACAAAAUCUUAAGCAGCCUAAACACGCAAGCUAUGGUAAUACAGAGAAAGUCGAAUUGAGUUCUCUUUUAGAAUCAGAAGGUUUGCAAAGUCAAAUAGCACAACAAAAGAAAGCUUUGGAAGAGAAAUUCAAUGAAGAGGACGAUGAGACUUCAAAUGCGUAUAAACAUCACUUCAUACCGGGACCAUCUUUCAAUUCGAUGACUGAUAUAAUGCCACCUGCACCUCCUUUACCACCACAAUUAAUGGCCAAAUUAUCAGAUAAUGAUACAGACGCACUUUCAAGUAUGUUGAUGUCAUGGUAUAUUAGUGGUUACAUGGUAUAUUACACAGGUUAUUAUCAUGGUUUGAAACAAGCAAGAAACAAUCAAGAGAACAGGAAGAACUGUUGA